AUGUAUGAUAGUAAUCAUCUUGACAUGAAUUUAUUUCAAAUUGAUCAAACAUUUGCUAAAAGUUUCUGGUGUAUUCCAGUAAUUUUUCAUUUAUUUAGUGUAGCACUUGUAUUACUUCAUCCUGAAACACGAAUUUUAGCCUGGAUGUUUUUUCGACGAACAUUCAUCCUCUCUUUGGCAACAAUAAUUUUAAUCGAACAAUUUGUAAAUAAUAUUAUAGUGGAGGCAACAAAAAGAAGUGUGACAAAAACUAUAUUUGAAACAUCCAAUACUCCUACAAAUAUUCCUAUUACAAAGGCACAUUCCUUCACUAUAUCGAAUAUCGGCGACCCAUUGAAAUGGGAUGAAAUCCUGAUUGCAAUUCUGCUCUUCGUUAUUGCAUUAAUAUUAUUUAUUACCGGAAUGUAUAUGGUAGACCGAGUGCAACACGGAAAAGAUCGUUUAUUCCGGAAAUAUAUCAAUGAGCGAAAACGUUCUAAAAAACGGAAGAAAAUGGAAUUAGUUCUGAAAUACACAAACAGUUCCAAUUGCAAUGAUACUAAAACGGAUCCAAUUUCAGAAUCAUUUGUUGAAAAUUCAACUUCACGAGAAAAACAUUUGAAUAAUUCUUCAAUUACUGAACAAAAUAUUUCCAAUCAGUCAAUCACAGGACAAUCAUAUGAAACAAUAAUAUAA